AACGCCGAGCGACCGGGCGUGGGCGCCGGCGGAGGUCGACGUCCGGGCGGGCAGCAGGCGGUGGGCGUCGCUGCUGCUGCCUCCGCGUCAUGGAGUGCACUGCCGUGGCAGUCUGCGAGAUUUUGAAAUAUUUAAUAAUUCACUGGAAGUGUGAAACAGCAGGAACAUCAAAGGGAGCAUUGCUAGAAGGACAGCUAGUGAUUUCCAUGGAAGCAUUAAAUUCUAAGCAUCAGGCAAAUACUCUUCAUUGUGUAACAACUAUUGCUUCUGCAGGAAGCAUUUAUGGUGGUUUGGUUCUCAAGAAGUUCCUAAAAGAAAUACAAUCUAUACUGCCCGGAUUCUCUGCAAAACUGAAUUGGACUUCAGAGGAAGCCAGCUAUUCUCAGGACAUAUCAGGGGUCACACCAUUCCAGAUGAUUUUUGAGGUUGAUGAAAAGCCCAGAACUUUGAUGACAGAUAGUUUGGUGAUAAAGAAUUUUUUACAUAAAAUUGUCAUGGUACACCCUAAGAUUAAAUUUAAUUUCACUGUAAAGGUGAAUGGAGUCCUUUCCAUGGAAGUCUUUGGGACAAAGAAUGAACCCACUUUGAACCUAUCAAAUGGAAUUGCUCUUGUUAUAAGCUGUCAGCAUUAUGUGAGUAGACCAAAAUUUGGUACAGCUGAAUUACUCUGCAGCAGAAUCCAUCCUGUGCUAGGACAUCCAGUAAUGCUUCUCAUCCCUGAUGACAUGGCUGGCUUGGGCUUGUUGGGAGAGCUGAUACUGACUCCAGCGGCUGCUCUGUGUCCCUGCCCAGAGGUCUUUUCGAACCAGCCGAGUAGGAUUUCUUCGGUUUCCAUAUUUCUAUAUGGACCCUCAGGUCUGCCUCUGAUAUUGCCAAGUCAGGAGCAGCCAACUACUACUGUCUUCAAAGAUACCUCUUAUUUCAUUGACUGGAAGAAAUACCACUUGUGUAUGGUGCCCAAUUUGGAUCUCAAUUUGGAUAGAGAUUUGGUGCUUCCAGAUGUGAGUUAUCAGGUGGAAUCCAGUGAGGGAGAUCAGUCUCAGAAUAUGGACUUCCACGGACAAACUCUGCUGCUUUUUCUCUUUGUGGAUUUUCACAGCGGAUUUCCAGUCCAGCAAACAGAACUGUGGAGUGGAAUCAAGAAACAUCACCGGCGUUACUUGGCCUUGAUGCAGCAUCUCUCUCAACUACAACAUAAGGAGCUGCUCCCAGAGAAAAAUGCAGAGCAGAGCACAGAGGAUGCACAUGAGAACAGCAGCCUGGAACUCCUUGCAGGGACCAGCGGGCAAGUGGAAAACAGGAGGCUCAAGAGGGGCUGCCUCCGGCAGGGCAUAGAGGAGACGCGGGCCUUCCACUCUGCCAGUACCCGGAGCCCGUCAGAGGCUGCCGCGUGCCGCACGAAGCCCACAGGGCCCUCCCCGACGCCUAGCGGGAGCAGGGGGAGCCCCGGGGGCGGCCUGGAGGACUCGCUCUGGCAGCAGGAGGUCUCCAAUCUAUCCGAGUGGCUGAGUCCCGGCCCUGAGCCCUAAGCUGGGGAGUCCCACCCGCCCCCAACCCCGUGCUUCCACGACUCCCCGGCAGCUGUUGGCGCCGCGUGCUGUCUGUUGUUCAAUAAACUUGCUCGGCGCGCGCCGCCUCUGCUUCAGUGUUGGGGGCGGGGUCAGGGCGGGGCGCCCGCGCUGCCGGAUGACGUCG